AUGGUGCUGCUGGGCCCAACGGUCAGGUCGCUCAGAGAGUUACUUGCGUGUUGUGAGUCCUAUGCACAGACUCAUGGCCUACUGUACAAUGUUGCUAAGAGCGAAUUCAUGGUCUUUAAGGCGAGUGGUGAAAAAUGUCCAGAUUCUGUACCUGCAAUUAGGCUUAAUGGUAAUGAACUAAAUCGUGUUUACCAGUUCAAACACCUGGGUCAUUACGUGACCGACGACCUUAGGGACCAUGUAGACAUUGAGCGGGAACGUAGGGCGCUGGCAGUUCGAUGUAAUAUGCUGGCGCGCAGGUUUGCGCGUUAUAGCAAGGAGGUUAAAGUAACGCUUUUUAAAGCAUAUUGUCAAGUGUUCUACACGUGCAGCUUGUGGGCCGGCUAUACUUUGCGGACUAUCAGCGCCCUGCGAGUCCAAUAUAAUAAUGGGUUCAGAAAGUUGAUGGAACUGCCCUGUUUCUGCAGUGCAUCUGCACACGCACACGUUGAUGACUUCCAUGCCAUUAUCAGACAGAAGUCUGCAUCGCUGCUCUGCAGGGUGCGGGCCAGUUCCAUCUCCAUCUUGAAAACCAUUGCAGGGAGUUACAAGAACAAGAAGAAGAUGAACAUGGAAAAACAAAAGAAAAUUCUACAAGAGAGGAACAAGAAAUCCACAAGUUGA